CGAAUAUCCCGUUUUUCUAAAAUGGUGGCGUGUGGUCGAGGGACCCGGCGGCUGUUGUUUUAAGACCUGCGAUAUUACGAGUUAGUCUCUGGGUUAUAAACGACAGGAGUGUUUGUUAACAUUCUCGUGGCUUGUCAAAAAGAAAAUUUGUGAUGGCAAAGCGGAUUGCUGAGAAAGAGCUCACAGACAGGAACUGGGAUCAGGAAGAUGAAGGAGAAGAGGCAGGAACAUUUUCAGUUGCAAGUGAGGAAGUGAUGAAAAACCGGGCCAUUAAGAAAGCCAAGCGUCGAAAUCUUGGCACAGAGGGAGAGAGUGGAGGAGCUUUUAAAAGCUUUAUAGGUUUCUCUCUGACCCCGUCGGCUCCAGCGGCUGGAGGAACUUUCUCGGCAUUUGGGAAUGGGGCUGGAUUUAAACCCCUCUCUUCUUUGACCAAUGGUAGUGCUGCAUCUGCCACCCCAAAUUUUGGGGGUUUCACCUCUCCUGCCACCAGCAAGGCAAACACCGGCACCUCAUCAUCCAAUGGCCCAGCCUCCUCCUCCUCCAUAGACUGUGGUGACAUCAUGGCCAAUGGCUCCGCCCCCAGCCUGCCCGCGAUCUCUGGAGGAGGCAGCAGCAGUAAGGAGUACAACCGGCAGCUCACAGCUCUCAACUGCUCUGUGCGUGACUGGAUCACCAAGCAUGUGAAUGACAACCCGCUGUGCGACCUCAACCCCAUCUUCCGUGACUACGAGAGGCACCUGGCCACCAUCGAGAGCAAGUACGGCAGUGGCACAGCAGCAGGGGAGGAGCCGCAGCCAGGGAAACAGGCAAACGCCACCACAACCACACCACUGUCCUCCUCGAGCAGUAACGUUACACCGGCCGCUCCUGUUUUGUUCUCCAGCAAGAACAAGGACAGUGCUGCUCCUAAGAAAAGCUCCGUUCCUGCAGGCGUGACUUUCAACUUUGGCCAGAAGGUGGACAGCUCCGUGCUGAGCUCUGUCAAGUCCGCAGGAGCUUCCGAGGCUUUUGUUCCUUGCCGCUACGAUCCUAAGAUCUUUUCCACCCAAAUUCUGUUCAGUGCAGAAAGCACAGACUCUUCUCCAGGCACCUUCUCUUUCACUGCAGCCAAGACUGAGGCAGCCAGCAACAGCCAAGCAGCAGAUGAGAACGGAGCCGAUGAAGAAUCUGACGAGCCGCCAGUACCUGUAGUCCGAGAAAUCAAGGAGAAAGAUGCCUUCUACUCUAAAAAGUGCAAAUUGUUCUAUAAAAAGGAAAACGAGUUCAAGGAGAAAGGAGUCGGUACACUGCAUUUGAAACUGGUUUCAGAGGGCAGGCUGCAGCUCCUGGUGCGCGCAGACACAAACCUGGGUAACAUCCUGUUGAAUAUCAUGGUUCACUCCUCCAUGCCGUGCUCACGGACAGGGAAAAACAACGUCAUGGUGGUGUGCGUGCCAAAUCCCCCAGUGGACGACAAGAACCCCAGCACUGCUGUCCCCAUGCUGAUUCGUGUUAAAACAGCAGAGGACGCUGACGAACUGCACAAACUUCUGCAGGAGAAGAAAGCGUGAGCUCCCUCCUCCCUUUUACAGACUCCCCGCCCCCUCCUUAAUAACGUACAUCUUGUAUUGCCUGAAUGUGGUUUGCACGGCAUCGCACACAUCAUACACACCUGACUCGUGGUUAUCUUUGUCCAUUUGAGCAGUCUUCACCCGCAUGCCAGCACACACCCUUCGUGAGCAUUGGCAACACAUCGGUUCAGAUACUGUGAAAAACUUUACAGAAAUGCUGGUUGAAUUUGGUGGUUGUUUUUGAACUUAACAGAACAUAACAUACUGAAUAACAGUCCGUACUGGUUACACGCUAAAGUGAAGUGAAGAUACAGGCUGUAACACGCCUGCAUUCUGAACAUUCCAUCAGAUUUUCAUUUUGCUGCUAUUAUUAAACCGAUAGAGUGAAGCUGAGGAACUCUUUUUAUUCAUCUAUGAAUGUGUGCAGAUUAAAUAAAUUAGAUUUAAAAUAUGAAUUGGAGUUCAGCUUUGUACUUGCACCUUCCUGAUAAAAAGGGAAGUUCAUUUCGGGGGGAAUGAAAAAGUAUUUGACUGGCUUAAUGCCUCCUCUUCUCAGAAAGAGAAUAAACAUGUAUGGGAAAUUUAUAAACUACAAAGAAACCUUUAUUUUCUUAAAAUUUAAAAAAAAAAAUUUUUUUUUUUGCCAAUUAUUUGAUUGGAAGCAUGCAGGCAUCUAGAUGUUAAUGUUUAAAGCUCAUUUGAGGCCUGAAUAAAGUAUUUGUUUUUAUGUUCUGCUCGAGGUGUUUGCUGUAGUUGAUAUUUAUUCUGAACGAGUUCUCUGCUCCUGUAGAGUGCUUUGUGUAAACGAGUCCUGUAAACUUCUGUCCAUAAACAGCAAAACAACAUUAUUAAGACAAGUAAUGAUCUUCCUAGUGCAUCUGUCUUAAGUGGAUCUUGGUUAAAGUUGUUUUUAUGGUUUUAAUUGGUUGUUUUUUUUAUUUUUUUCUAAGUGACCUUUGUAACGCCUUCGAACACAAGGCAUGCAUUCAACAGCACCAAAUACAUUUUGUAGCUUUGUUAACUGGCAAAUAAAUCGAGCUGAAAAAUA